GUGAAAGAUUGACCGAGUAAAACAUCCAAGAAUAGCCUAUGAAAGAAGGGUUGGCGAGAAUGAGGCUGCCUUUACGUGCAUUGUGAAUCUGUGAACACGUCCCUCCUAUCCACCUCACAUGCAAAUCAUCACCUCCUCUCUUUUCCUCCAUCACCUCAUUCACCAUCCCUUUUCUUCUCCCCACCCCUCCUCCAUAUCUCAAUGGCGGAGUGGGUCCCACCACCCAGCGAGAAACCCAACCCCCCGCCGGACCAUCCACUACCCAUCGAGAAACCCAAACCCCUGCCGGACAACCAACCUUCCUUAUCCUCUGGCACAUAUGUUGUCCAGGUCCCAAAGGAACAAAUCUACCGUGUCCCGACCCCAGAAAACGCAAAGCUCGCUGAAAAGUACCGCAAUCCCCCUCCUCGUAAGAGCCCAUGUUUUUCUUGUUUUACAAGGUUAGGGUGUUUUCUCAUCAUUCUAGUCGUCCUCCUCGCCACUCUCGUGGCUCUCGUAUACUUCAUCACAAGGCCAAAAUCCCCCACAUUCGUCAUCAAGCAGGUGCAAGUGAGGGAUCCGCAUCCCACCAGCCCACACCACCCAACUCAUGAAUACCACAUUAAAUUAAUAUCCAAAAAUCCCAACACCCAAAUGAGCAUAUCGUAUCAAAAGGGCGGUACUGCAUUUCUGUAUUAUAAGGAUAAACAGAUAGCCAAAGGCAAGCCGCGGCCUUCCCAACAGUCACACCGUUCAACCACAUUUCAACUAGCCCUAUCUGGUUCGGAUGCUAAAUUGCCUCGUGAAAUCCAGAAAAGCUUCAAGGGUAAAGGGUCCAAGGCCGGCGUCCCAUUAUCUUUGUCGAUCGAUGUCCCGGUGCGAUUAUAUUUAGGAUCGAUGAAGUUGUGGGUCAUGAGAGUGGCCGUGGGAUGUGAUCUAACGGCAAGCACGCUUGCGAAAGGGACACGUGUUGUAUCUCAUAAGUGCCAUGCCAAGAUCAAGACAUGAAGAAGGUGGUGGUAGUGGUAAUAUAAGGACGGCAGAUACUCUUCUUUCCGUUCCUUUUCUUUUUUUUCUUUUCCUUUUUUUCUUUUUUUCUUUUUUAUUCUUCAAAGUCCGGCCAAGGUAGGGAAAUGGUAGUUGGAUUUUAUCUUAUGAUCUUCUCCUACUAGGGUUCGGAACUUUUUAUAUUGUAUGGGUGUCUUAAAUUCGAGAUGAAGAGCGGUUAUUUUAUCCUUUUCAUGAUUUUUUUUUAUUUUUUUUUAUUUUUAUACUUCCCAUUUUUCCAUACAAGGCUUAGGAUAUUUUGUUUUCAUGAUCCUCUCUUAUAUACUGUAUAUUUCUUUCGGGAAUGGAGUUUAGAAUUGAGAAGUUUUCUUGUUUGGGGGCUUUUUCUUUCUUUCAUUUUAUUAAAUUUCCCUUUUUUCUUUUCAUUCUAAUUAGAAGCCAUAGGAUCAAUACGAUGUAUGGGGCCCACCCAGAUGUGUGCGUCACAUCCAAUAUUCCUUCAUUCAUUCCGGUGAGGCGCAUCUCCUGGAUUGAUUGGAUGGCUUGUAUGUUAGGAUAAAUAUGGAUGAAGUAUUCAAGCUAUAGUCUAACACAACAUUGUCCUCUAUGUCCAUCCAUUCUGCAGGCCCUCAUUUGUGUGGUUGUGAUAGCUUGAAGAGGUUGGGGACCAUUUGCAACCUAUGGGGGACCCAUCCUAUCCCAUAGUCUACCAUCAUCAUAGGUGGGCCCGCUUGGGCUACUCAUAAAAUUCUCACACAGUAGCCAGGCACAAAGAAUUCGUAACGGAUCAUAACUCCUGUUCACACUACACAAUACGGAUUCAUGCAAUGGAGUAGGCUCCACUGAACUGAGUAAAUGGGAAUUUUCAUAGUUUCAUUUUUUAUAGUUUGGUGGUUUGUUUCAACUAUUUGGACUGUCCUAUGGUCCAAACCUCUCCUCUUACGUCAUUUUGAGAAAUUCACACCGUUCAAAUGAUCCUAACCAUCCAAUAUUGAUGCUAUUCAGAAAUCGAUGACCAAGAUCAUUAUUUA